GUUCACUUCGUUCGAAUCGAUUUUCAAUAUGGCUUCCUGCUUUGCUCUAUUGUCGCUGUUUUUGGUCUGUGAUGUUGUCAAUGUCGUUGUCACGGCCGACGAUUUUGAUUUUCAAUGGGAGCAGUGUGGAGGGAAUUCUAUCGAAUUUAUAGAGCUGUCCAUUACACCCAUGCCAAUCAGGUCAAUUCAGGAUAUUAACAUCGCAUUUAAUGUGGAAGCUGACCAGUUAGGUUCUGAUCUGAAACUGGAUAUCAGUAUAAAAAGAGUGGUUGACCUCGGGUGGUUCGGAAAUGUUCGGGUUCCCGUGCCGUGUGUGUUCGAUGUCGGAUCAUGUGAAUACAAUAUGUGUGAUUUGAUCGAGACACGAAUCGGUCAUGUAUGCCCGGCAGGAGAUAAUGGGGUAUGUUCCUGCAUCGACAAAACUGGUUAUUUUACUGACGAGAUAAAGAUCAGCCUGGGUGAUCCUUCUAUCGUAGUCUCCGUACUCGGAUCUGGCAACUACGAGGCCAAGUUCACGUUGACACAGGGAAACGGGGCUGUCGAAGCAUGUGUGAAGACAAAGUUUAGCCUCGAUUUAUAGCUUACCUACUACAGUAUAUCUAAUACAGCGUGUACUGCGUAACUACACUAAAUAAAAGAGUUUGGAAAAACA